ACAUCUCGACAAUCUGAGGCAAUCUGGUUAUCUUACGGAGAUAUCGCGCGGCGUGUACCCUAGCGUUACUUAUCACAGAUAACUAGUAACUCAGUACUCUUUCAGCGUUGUUCGGAGAAACCGCUGAAACCGCGCUCAAUCAUCGAUUUUCGUAGACGGAGGGCUCCUCGGCGAUCGAUUCGUUGCAAUCUUGUGACGCGCGAUGAUACCGCGCGAUCGAAAGCUCGCAAAUACUAUUUCGAUAACGAUGACGAAGUGAAUUGCGGGCGAGAAUGUGGCUUACGCGCGAUUAUUCGACGACCUGACUCGUUUUAAUGAUCAUAAAAGAACAUGGAGGAACGAUCGACGAUGAUGCUGAUCUCGUGGCUGAUGAUUUUGUCGAUUGCGAGCUGUCAAAGCGUCUGCCCCGCCAGGUGUCUAUGUCACUUCAUUCAUAUACCUAGGACUAUCGAGUGCUCGAGGCAAGGAUUGCAGACAUUCCCCGAAAAUAUCAGUGACAUUGUAGAGCAUCUAGAUUUGUCGAACAAUCUUUUAACUGAAAUCACGGAUGAAAUUAAUCGACUGACUGAACUGCAACAUCUCAAUCUGGCCAAGAAUAAGCUCACUGCCUUGCCAAAUAAUCUUGCAAAAUUAAAAAAAUUGCAAAGACUAAAUCUAUCAGAUAACAUUAUCGCAAACAUGGCAGAUAUUGCUUCCAUUAGCCAGCUAUUGUCCCUGAAGAUUCUAUACAUCUCAAAGAAUCACUUACUUGACUUAAAAGGGUUGACCAGCGAGAUACUUCAGGCAGUGGAUGUCGGCCAUUGCCAUAUAAAGGAACUUGGAAAUACGUCUUUGAAUGGACUGCCAGCUCUAACGACAUUGAAUCUCGCCGGAAAUCCAUUGAAGAUUAUCGACAUGCCUGUCAGUAAGACAUUGCGAUGGUUGGACAUGUCUGAUUGCGUUUUAAAUUAUCUGUAUCCAGAUACUUUGAGUAGACUUCCAGAAUUAGAAGAACUACGAUUGGUCAACAAUCCUACGUUAGUGUAUAGUACUCGACAUUCGACUUUACAACAUUCGAAGCUGAAGAAACUGGACGUAUCGAGAUGUAAUCUCGACAGACCCGGUCUUCAUGGUUUCCCAUCAUUAACGCAUGUUUAUCUCUCUCACAAUACGAUUCGUAUAUUGCCGAAUCGUAUAUUCGCAAAGAACAAGCAGCUGAUGCAUCUGUCCCUGAAUGCGAAUAAUCUAGAGCGAUUGAACGUCAGCACUUUUGACGGUUUAAUGAAGCUUCAAAUGCUUGAUCUAUCUGCGAACAAUCUCGAGGAUGUUCACACGAUGACAUUCCAGGAGAACAUAGACCUCAGACUGCUAAAUCUUUCCUAUAACUCUCUACAUCGAUUUCCAGAGCUUUCAUCUCUCGCCACGUCACUGGAUUUGUCUUUUAAUUUGAUCAGCCGCUUCAAUGCAAACUCUCUGGAGAACAUGUCUAGGAUCAGAAGUCUAAACUUGAGGAAUAAUCAACUGCAAUUGAUACCACCCGGUUUAGAAUCGAAAACAUUAAGAAUAUUAGAUAUGCAAAGAAACAGACUCGUUGAGUUGUAUAAUAACAGCUUGGUUAAUUUACCGUCAUUGCAGCAAAUCGACUUGUCAGGAAAUCGCUUGACGGAGGCAAUGAAUCCUGACGUAUUUCAAAACAAUCCAGAUUUAACCAUGAUCCGUUUGGGGGAUAAUCCGUGGAGAUGCGAUUGCACACAACUCUACGUCAUCUUUGAAUACUUGACGAUUCCUACCAGCAAAACGAUAGAAUCGAGCUUGAUUUGUCAAAGUCCAGCGAACGUUUCCGGUUAUUCGUGGGAAGCCGCGUGUUUCGAUGCUUGGAACACGAACAUAUAUUAUAAUAAAGAUAGAACUUGGGGAAUGGUGAUGGUCAGUUUGCUUAUCCUGGUCGUCUUGUGUGGCAGCGUGAUAUCCAUCAAACAUACCAUGAGAAUAAAGAGAAGAGUCCUAGAGCAGAGACAGCAACAGGAAUUGGCAGAAGAGAGAGAAAGAUUACGAUUUUUGUACGCAAGAAGAACACGUUUGGAAGAAGAAAUAGAAGAUGCAGAGAAUUCAGCGGAACCCAGAAUUAAUCCUUUGGAAUUAAUCGGUCCACCCAGCUAUGAGGAGGCUGUCCAGAUGCCCAGACUGAUUCGUUCCAUGGACGCUUUGAACGAGAUCUCCGUUGAAGAUGGUACUUUGCGCUCCAUAAAUUCUGUGGAUAAUCUACGGAUAAAGAAGAGGAGGACAAGAAGAACGAAGACAACCCGAAAGCGAACUCAAAGCGAGGAUGAUCUGCUAAGAAGAGAAGAACGUCGGCAGGAACGGAUAAGAAGAGAGAGGAACAAUUCCAGCAGCAAUAUCUGCGAGACCACAGACCAGUCACAAAAUACGAAUCCCAGGCAGUCUAGGACCUCGCGCAGAUCCAGGAGGCACAGCUUCGUGGAGGAGUCCUUGGAAUCCAAUAGUAGCAAGGAUAGACCGAGACCGCAAACUCCCAACACGAGGAAGAAAAGGAGGAGGCAGGUAUUUGAAGACGAACAUGUGACCGAUGAUGAGGCUUCCGACGUUCAAAUGGAUUUCAAUCGAUCCGUCGUCAUCAGGGAACUUCGACGCGAACCCAGGAGUGGUUGUAGAGACUCAUUCGUAGAACGCGGAUCGUAAACCAUUUGAGUUAAGUUAUUUUGAACGCAUGCGAUUAAUUGUUUGAUAUUUGUAAUAAAAAUAUAAAAAAAUAUUUCUGCAGCAUCCUUACUGCAUUUCGUGCAAAAACGUUGUUCUUUGAGAGCGUAAAAUUUGUCUCUUUUGACACAAAAGUUAGUAAGAAUAAUACUAUUAUAUAUUUAACAUUAGCAACAAUAAGAUGAUUGAUCUGAUAAAUAUAUAAUAAUAUAUCUUAUUAUUGCUCAAAACAGAUUAAUGCAGAUGACAAGUAAAAUCAAUAACAUUUAUUCGAAAGAGCAAAAGUACGAGUGUUUUUGCUUGUCUUUUUUGUCGAGUUUUUACUUACAUUACGUCAAAUGUUUUUUAUACCGGUUCGAAUAACAUCGAUUUCAGAUUAUAGUAAUUUCUUAUCAAUCUGAAAAAAGUAGAAUACUUAGAGAUUAUAGUUGUAAACCUAUCGUCAUAUUAAUAUAUCAUUUAUAGAAUAAAAAAGCGGAAAGGAGAAAAAAGAGAACAGACAUAAUACGCAUAAAUUAUAAAUAAUUACAUCAUUAAACAUUCAGGAGUGUAUCCUCAAUAAUACUCCAAUAAUUCAUCAUCAUGUUGUUAUAGUUUUAGAUAUAUAUAAUUUUAGAUAACAGAAAUAUUACGUGCACAUU